UUGUUCUCAUAGUUCCACGUUUUCUGACGAAACUUGGUUAACUUUUUCAUCGCACUGCGGUGAAUGUAUUCUCUAGGCUGUGUUACAAGCGCAUAUUAUCCCCGUCUAACUGUCUUUCACAUUUCGCUACGUUUCGUUUCCUUGAUUUACCGUCGUCAUCAACGAUCCGGAUCAGGCUUCGUGCACGUUGCACAGUAGCAUUCAUGAGUUGGUAACGUAAACUGCUCCUGUAAAUCUAGUAGAAUUUUUCGAGUAAUUUGUGCUGAGUUAAGUUAAUAAAAGAUGUCAUCAAAGGAAAUAAUCGAGAAACAGAUUCAGGCACAGGGUGAUCUCGUUCGUCAAUUAAAAGCAGCCAAAGAAAGCAAAGAAAAGAUUGCUGAAGAAGUUGCCAAGUUGUUGCAACUCAAAGCCUCACUUAAUGAUGGCAAUCAAACAGCACCUAGCAAUCAAAAAUUCGUGCUGAAAACUCCAAAAGGCACCAGAGAUUAUGCCUCUGAACAAAUGACAAUAAGAAACUCUGUGCUCGAUAAAGUCAUCAAUGUUUUUAAGAAACAUGGGGCUGUCACCAUUGAUACACCGAUUUUUGAGCUGAAAGAAGUCCUCACAGGGAAAUAUGGAGAGGAUUCAAAGCUUAUUUAUGAUUUGAAGGAUCAGGGUGGAGAGAUAUUGUCAUUGCGAUAUGAUUUGACAGUGCCUUUUGCAAGAUUUCUAGCAAUGAAUAAAAUAUCCAACAUUAAGCGUUAUCAUAUUGCGAAAGUGUAUCGCAGGGACAAUCCUGCCAUGUCCAGGGGUCGUUAUCGUGAAUUUUAUCAAUGCGAUUUUGAUAUAGCAGGUACAUACGAUGAAAUGAUACCGGACAGCGAAUGCGUUCGUGUUGUCCACGAGAUUUUAACAUCGUUAAACAUUGGAAAGUUUGUUAUCAAACUGAAUCAUAGAAAAUUAUUGGAUGGGAUGUUUGAAGCAUGUGGGGUACCCGCUGAUAAAUUCAGGUCGAUUUGUUCGGCUGUUGAUAAACUUGACAAGAGUCCAUGGGAGGAAGUUCGCAAGGAAAUGAUCGACGAAAAAGGCCUCACCGAUGAAGUCGCUGAUAAAAUCGGCGAAUAUGUUCGUUUGAGUGGUAAAGGAGAACUUGUCGAGAAACUUCUUGCGGAUUCAAAUUUGAUUAAGAGUAAAUCCGCUGUUGAGGGUUUGGAGGCAAUGAAACUUAUUUUAAAGUAUUGCCAGAUUUACGGAACGCUUGAUCAAGUUUCGUUUGACCUGAGUCUUGCUCGUGGUUUAGAUUACUAUACAGGAAUCAUCUACGAGGCUGUUUUAUUAGGUGAAACAGGGUCGGGUGAUGACGUCGCUGUGGGUUCCGUUGCUGGUGGCGGACGGUAUGAUACGCUCGUUGGCAUGUUUGAUCCGAAACACAAGCAGGUUCCUUGUGUGGGUGUGUCCAUUGGUGUGGAGCGCAUUUUUGCAGUAUUGGAAGCGCAAUUAGAGAAGAAUAAAAGUAAAGUACGCACAACUGAGAUUGAGGUUUACGUUGCUUCAGCACAAAAGAACUUAUUCGAACAGCGGAUGUUGCUGUGCAAGGAAUUGUGGGAUGCUGGGUUCAAAGUCGAACAUUCCUACAAGAAAAAUCCAAAGUUACUGGCGCAACUUCAGCACUGUGAAGAUGAAAGUAUACCUUUGGUGAUUAUCCUCGGAGAGAGCGAGUUGGAGAAAGGAGUGGUAAAAUUAAGAAACGUCACGACUAGGGAAGAAGUAGAGGUUGUCAGGGGCGAUUUACCACAGGAAUUGAAGGCGCGCUUGAGUUUGGUUACAAAUUGUUUAGCAUAAGUUUGAUCAUAAAGCAAUUAAAACUUAUUUAUUUCACACAACAGAAAAA